AUGGCUUCUUCCUCUUCGUCUUCUUCUUCGUCUACGUUUUCUGGCUCGCCGCCGCCGCCGCCGCCCGAUCAAGCUCUACCGGAUCCGGAUCAUGUGAACCUGCGAAUCAUCUACCUUGUUACGGGCAACCCGCGGCCACCACAUCAUCUGGGGAGACUCGAUCUGAAUACCACCGUAUUGGUGCUCAAGGAGAAAAUCCAGUCUGAGCUGCCUGAGCAUCCGUCUCCGUCCGAACAGCGACUCAUCUACCAGGGUCGUCCUCUGCUCCGAAAUGAUGCUAACUUACGAGAGAUCCUCAGAAUAGAGCACGGUGUUGUACCUGAUACCCUUCCGUACACAAUCCAUAUCGUCAUUCAGCCUCAGCAGAAUCCUUCCCAACCGCAGGCAUCGUCGAACCCCAUUCUGAACCCUCCUCCGCCACCCCCUAUACACCUCCAUCACGGACACGCAGACUUGACAGGCCCCCUCAGAGCUGCAGAAAAUUCAGCCAACAGACUUCAGGAGUCGCUCGUCCGCAUACAGCAGCAGAUUGAAGCCAACAGAGCUGAGUUGAGAUCUGUUCAGCACAGAAUAGCGGUACAACACACCAGUCUGGGCACACCUCCAACUCUCCUCAACGGUCAAGUUGCUGUCACCGGCCCGGUGCUGCCUGCUCCUCAUCCGCAGACCCUUUUCGUGAACCCCCUAGUUAACCAUGGUUUCGACAACCAAGCACCGACCCAACGACGUCCAGCCGGAGUACAAGCACACCUCCGCUUCCAGCCUCAUGCGAUACCAACUCUCCCUCCACAACAGCCCGGGACCGUACCACUGGGUCAGCCUCGACUGAAUGGUGUGGAAUUGCAUGGACCGAACGGAGAACACAUGAUGGUUGUGGCAUCAGAACAAAUGAGUUUUGUGUUGCCUGUGAAUGGCAUAGGCCCAGGAGGCCCAGGCUCCGGAACUGGACAGCAACCCGCUGCACAAUCCCAACCACAGCCGAAUCCUACCACCCAAGCGCCACAAAACGGCAUCCCUCUGCCUAUGCAAACGCCCUAUGUCCCUCCUGCCAACUUACUUUCUUCGAUGCCGUUGCCGCCCAUACACGUCCCAGUGUCAUUCGCACAAAAUCGCCCCAGUCCCCCACGAGUGCCAGAUCCGACAGCCUGGCUGCUAUGGUCGCCAGCCGGCCCCGAAGGGUUCUUGUUUGCUCCUGGCCAUGGCUUAUUUACUUCGGAGCCCCCGAGCCAGUCGCAACAAGCUGGGGGUGUGACAAAUUUUCCAUCUCAGACGAAUGGCACAAACCGAACAGGUGCAUCUCAUCAGGCAGAAGCAAAUAACCAGGGUCGGCCAAAUGCAAUCCGUGCAAUAGUACGAGCUAAUCAGCCUCAACCCGACCUGCCGCAACCUGGUGCAGCUGUGGCACAAGCACAGCAAAAUGGAGAAGACAAUGACCUCUUCGCAUUCAUCAUCAACCGAGGGUGGCUCUUCUUGCGCCUCUACCUCUUCAUGUUUGUUUUCUCCGAACCGGGCACCUGGAAGCGGUGGAUCAUGAUUUUUGUUGCCGCAGUCGUCUGUCUACAGCCUCGAGAUGGUCCCCUCACUCGACUGUUGGCAGCGGCUCGCCGCCAUCUUGACAAUCUGAUUGGACCCCCUCCACCGCAACCUCCACCAGAAGCUGCGACUCAACGACGAGAUCCCGCGGCAGACACAUUUCGAACUGCGGUCACUGCACAACGUCCCGCUAACGUCCGUGGCGCCACAACGAUGACUCCGCAAGAAGCAAGAGCUCGACUCGAAGAGCAGCAGAACCCCGAACCACGCCCCUGGCGAGACAUGCUAUAUCGUGUCGAGCAGAGUGUAGCUCUGUUCCUCGCGAGUUUGAUCCCUGGCGUGGGAGAGCGUCACGUGCGAGCACGAGAGGAAGCGAGAAGGGAAGAGCAACGUCGCGUCGAAGAAAGAGGCCGCGUGGAGAACGAAUCUGCGGCGCAGAGGCAAAAUGGAGACGAGGCAGAAACCUCUGCUAGUGAAACGCACGCUGCAUCUGCAGAGCCGACAAAGCCCGAAGUCACCAUGGGAGGACCUGGAGAACAGAGUACGUCGACCUCGGUCCAGGUCAGAGACGGCGAAGCCGAAUCUGGCGAACUACGGAAUAGAACUUGA